AUGGCGGAGAGGCGGCAGCGAGCCCGGGUGCAGGGCGGCUGGGCCGGCGCCCCGGCGGGACGGCGCGCAGCACCGAAGGCACCUGUGGCCAGCAGCCUUGCACCUGCAGGUGCCAGACCGGCAUGGAUGAGGAAGGAUCAGCCUCACACUCAGAAGCAAUUUGUCUUUGAAAAGCCAUCAGAGGUGGAGCGCAAAGUUCCUGAGGCAGGUGUGAUAGACAAGCCUGGUGUGUAUGAGCUCAGCGAAGGACCAACCGGCAUUUCUAGGAUUCAUUUGAUUCCUGGCUUUAUUGAUGCAGAACAAGCAGACUGGAUGUUUGAACAGCUCCUCCAAGACAUACCCUGGGGUCAGAGAACUCACAUCAGACAGGAAGUAUCUUUUGAAGAACCAAGGCUUACCUCCUGGUAUGGGGAGCUUCCUUACACGUACUCCAGGAUAACAAUGCAGCCAAACCCAAAUUGGCAUCCUCUGCUGACCAUGCUAAAGGAGCGCAUUGAAGAGUUCACUGGCUAUACCUUCAACUCUCUUCUCUGCAACCUCUACCGAAAUGAGAAGGAUAGCGUAGACUGGCACAGUGACGAUGAACCAUCACUGGGAAAAAAUCCUGUCAUUGCCUCGCUCAGCUUUGGUGCUACCCGGACCUUUGAGAUGAGGAAGAAACCCUCCCCUGAAGAGAACGGGGACUACACUUACGUAGAAAGACUAAGAAUCCCCCUUGGUCACGGGACUCUGCUGAUGAUGGAAGGAGCUACCCAGGAGGAUUGGCAGCAUCGAGUGCCUAAGGAGUAUCAUUCUAGAGAUGCACGGAUAAACUUGACUUUUAGGAUCAUUUAUCCAGAACCUGAUGGAGUUUGGAAGUGAAAAGGCACUUUGGACAUUGUUGGAUAUAAACCCACAGCAGAUCCAGAGCCUCAGAAUGCUACAGAUUUAAAGGAAGCCUUACCGGAACAGAGUUCUGUGAAAUACGUGAUGGGGAAAAGAAUCAAUGUUAUGAAGAUCUUUGACAAUCAGAAGCUGCCUGUGUUAUGUGGACAGUGCUGUUUUGUUUUCAGAAAUUAUUAGAUGAUACUAAAUCAUAGGCUUUAAGUUUGUGAAGAAACAGUGAUCGUUCUUAAAAGAACACAAAGCACGUGAAAGAUCUGAUAGGUACCGACUAGAGCAGGAAGAUUCAGUGAGCAGUUAUUUUUGCGCCUUUUCUUGUCUCCCCUUUCCUCCCAAGUAGCGAUCUAUGUUCUAAGUACUGACAAGACAGCAUUCUGUCAUGUAAAGCCAGCUGUAUGUGUGCUGUGUGUACAGAAAUGAGAAAGCUGCACAUCAUGAGGAUCUCAGUGAGUAUUGCAAGGGGUAGUGCAUUGCUUUUUAUUUGUAGGUUGCAAAGUCUUUUUCCAAUGAAGCAAUCGGUUUCAUUAUUCAUGUAACUACUUGAAUUAUACUAGUGUCUAGUAGAACAGAGGGUCAAGGCUGCCUCCUCCUAUGCACUCUGUGGUCAGACUUUAUCCUGUUUAUCCAUGUAGACAAGACAGGCAAAGGCAAGCAACAGAAACGCCUUAGCCACGAGCCUUACCAGCCAGGUCAGGCUGCCUGUUCCUUGAGUAUUAACAGUCCUCCAUCCCUGCUGGCUUAAAACUUUUACCUCUGUCAUAGGCAGGAAAAUAGACACAAAGAGACGAAAAACAUUAGUUUCAGAAUUUGCUAAUAAAUUCUUAGUUUCUUUUUUGUGUUUCUUUUUAGCACAACUAGGUUGUGGCUUCCAGUGAUUUCAGGUGGGACAGGAAAUGUCAGCAUCUCUCAAUCAGGCUUGUGCUGCCAAAUUUGAUACCCAGCAGAACCGGUGCGAAGAUUUGGACCCAAAUUAUUAUAAUUGCAAUGUAAGUCAGUUGCAAAGCUACACUAAGAGUACAGUAGCACUAGGUGCAGCUCUCACUCUGGCGCCGCUGCUCCUAGGUGAAUGCAUAUUGCAUUAAAGGCUGUUACUUGGAGGUUUAUCUCUUGACUCUGCUGUUACAGAGCAGCAGUCAGCAGCUCAAACCCGAUUCUAGGUUGACUUGCUGGAAUUUUUCAAGUUUGCCUGCCCUAGGAAUGUCUCACCUGUUGGUAGGAACCAGUGAGCUGAUGACCGGUGUCUGGAUGUUACGUCAGGUAUGCUGCCUGCGUGGUUAAGUUCUCACUGCAGCUAAAUGGCGUCCACUGUACUGGAUCAAAAUGUAGGUUGGGUAUGUCUUUGCUUUCUGCCUGAAGUAGGAUCUAAACGUGGGUAAAUACUCUCUGCCUUGUAACACGUUGACGUUGUUUAGCAAGCUAGCAUCCCUUUCCAGUGCGAGAAUAAGUUGGUGUUUAGAAAAUGUCUAUCUUUUCUUAGCCAGCAUUUGCUGUAGUUUAAAAUUCUUACUUGAUGAGAGAAGCCAAGUUAUUAAUACUCAAUUAUGCCUAUAUUUUAAUGUUAUUGAUGACCUAAAAGACAGCCUGUUGAGCCAUUUCAAUCCCUGUGCUCUGAAACUGUGCGGAAUAAUUUUCUUUGUAUAUCAAACAACCCUAGAAGCAGCUUCUCUACCUAAAGCAACAUACAGCUUUUGAAAUAGCUUAUUCUUCUAAAAUGAAUGAAUGUUCUCAGUAGGCUUACUUUGUUAUCUAAUAAUGUCUUCAUUUUCUUCCCAGUUUGUAUAGAAAUAUGUUUUUGGAGUAUACUUAAUGUUAAUCCCUUGCACUGAAUCUAAGAUCUGGGCUGUGUGAUGUAUCUCCUGAGAAUUAGUGUUGAAGGAGGCAGAUGCUUGCUUUUGGGUUUACUUUCGUUGGGUAACUGGAGCUUUGUGCACAUCCCUGUAUGUGUGCCCGGGUUUGGCAGUCCUGACAGAGAGUGGUUUUCCUUAACUGAGGGGCAGUGCUAAUUUCUCCGGGUGUUCUGACAAGGCAACGCUUUAGCCUUUAUCGGUUCAUACAAGCUGUGUUUAUUACACUGUGUUAAGAGCAGUCAUGCUGCAAGAGAGAGUAGGAGAUGGGGACUAGAGGGAAACUUUUAAACCUCCAAACCUCAGCCUAUGGAAAUUGCAACUCAUUUGAAUUCAGUGGAGCUAUGACACAUCACUGAUGGUCGGGCCCUGGAGACUGAUACUGUUGCAGAAGAAUAGUUUUUCACUUACGUGCUUGGUUUCAAUUUAUCAUGUUAGCAAAUUGUGGUUUAGUUUCCUUACUUCCUUUGAUCUGGGAGAAGACCAAGGUUUCCUCCCCAACAAUAAAAUGAUUUAUAAGAGA